AUGACCAAAGAUCAGCCAAGAUAUGAAAGGAUAGCUAUAAUAGGAGGUGGACCGGGUGGAUUGGCAGCAGCAAAAGGUUUAGCAUUAGAACCAAUUGAAUUUCAAACUAUUGAUUUAUAUGAAAGAAGAGAUAAAUUAGGUGGUCUUUGGUAUCAUAAUGGAGAUAAAAACCUAAUCCAUCCACCAAUUCCCAAUUCAGACCCAGAUUGUCAUGAAAUUGUUGAUAAUGGUGCAACUGAUGAAGAUAUUUAUUUUUCUGCAAUUUACAAGUAUAUGGAAACUAAUAUAAUUCAUAGAUUAAUGCAAUAUAGUGAACUACCUUAUCCUCCGAAAACUGCAACUUUCCCAAAAAGACAGGUAGUGUAUAAAUACCUUCAAGAUUAUGUUGAAACCAUACCUGAUAAAGUAAACGUCAAUUUAAACUCCGAAGUUUUAGAAUUGAAGAAGAAAAAUGAUGAAUGGGAGUUAAAAACUAAAGACAAUACCAAAUACUAUGAUGCUGUAAUUAUAGCGAAUGGACAUUUCAACGCACCAUUUAUACCAGAAGUAAAAGGGUUGGAAACUUGGAAUUCCAAAAAACCCGAUACCAUAUUGCACUCAAAGAAUUUUCAAGAUCCAAAUUCAUUCAGAGAUAAAACUGUUUUAGUCAUUGGUAAUGCAGCAAGUGGUGUUGACAUUUCUACACAAAUUAGUACAGUUGCCAAAAAGACGAUAGUUUCAGUACGUGACUUAUCAAACAAAGGUUUUGAAAAUGAGUUGGUGAAAUAUAUUGGGAUAAUAGAAGAGUACGAUUAUAAAAAUUCAUCAGUUAAAACAAAAGAUGAAGUUGUUGAAGACAUUGAUUACGUCAUUUUCUGUACUGGAUAUCUUUAUACUAUUCCGUUUUUGAAACCAAACACUGAUAUAAUAACAAAUGGACGUCAAAUUCAUAACAUCUAUAAACAAAUAUUCAACAUUUAUGAUCCAUCACUAUCAUUUAUGAUAAUAAUGCAACAAAUCUUACCAUUAAUAUUAGCAGAAUCUCAACUGGCUUUAAUUGCAAGAGUAUAUAGUGGUAGAUACGAUUUACCUAGUACUGAAGAAAUGUUAAAAUCCUACCAAAAGGAAUUAAAAGAGAGAGGAGAAGGAUCAAAUUUUCAUACAUUUGGGUAUCCAAAAGAUUGUGAGUAUGGAGAAAUGCUACAAGCACUCAUUGAUAAUAAAAAUUUAAGACAUCCUGGAUUAGUCGCACCAAUUUGGGAUAACCAACUUGUUGAAGAUAGGCUGCAAAGUAAAGAUAUCAAAAAUAAAAGAUUAGAAGAAUUAGUGGAACAUGUUAAAAAACUAAGAUCUGAAGGGAAGGAUUUUGUAUUAUUGGAUCAUUAG